AUGAAGUCCCCCAUCAGUAAAAACGCAGCGGUAUCGGUACUGGCAGGAAUUUGCUUGCUGUCGAUCGCCGGAAGCUUGGCCUACAGCGAGGACUUUGUUCGCGUGGGUACAAAAGGGACGACCGAUCCCGAAGCCCCCGCGGCGCCCGAUGCGCGCCUCCAGUUGGUCCGCGUGCCGGAGAUCGGCCCGCCGUUCGCCAAAAACGACCCCCUGACGACCAUCACCGAGACCCUCGGGGCCCUCAACACCGUCGGCAGCUACAUCGUCGACAUGACCCGGGGCGUCGAGACCUCCGAGCCCCCCAAGGAGCUCCCCUCGGCCCUCUACACCAUCUCCAAGAACAUACUCGGCAGAAACGUCACCGACAGCAUAGCCGCCUUCACCCUGCCCCUGAGGUAUCAUUAACAAACAAACUCCAACACCGCGACCGCGGUUCCGGUGAACCGGCUCGAUCUCAUCCCAAACAGGGAUCCCAAGGUGCAGACCGGCCACCCCUCGAGUCUCGACGCCGCGCCCAGCUGCAUGAGCACCGAGAACGUGCCCGGCCGGUGCCAGGACCUCAGCAACUGUCCCCACCUGCUGCUCAACCUCAGCAAGCUCCGGCAGUCCAUCUGCUUCAAGAGUCUCUUUGUGCCCGGGGUCUGUUGCCCCUACGUCGACCAGCCCCACCAGGUCCAGAUCCUCACCAUUUCGACGCCCCUGCCGCCAUCCUCGCCGCCUACGCUCCUCCCGCCACCGGCCAAGCCGACUCCUCGGCCGAUUCCGCUGUUCACGGUGCGCCCGACGGCGAGUACCACUAGGCGGCCGCCCCUCGUCGAUCAGAUCGAUCAAUUCCUUCACGUCAACGGGACGACCUCCAUAUUCGAGAGUGUCGACAACAACGACAUACAAGACGACGACGAUGAUGGGGAGUGCGGGGUGCGAAAUGCGGGCAAGUACCGGGUCGUCGGUGGCGAGGAGGCACUGCCCGGCCGUUGGCCCUGGAUGGCGGCUAUAUUCCUGCACGGCUCGAGGCGCACCGAGUUCUGGUGCGGUGGCUCGCUCAUCACCCGCCGGCACAUCCUUACCGCGGCCCACUGCACGCGCGACCAGCGCCAACGCCCGUUCCUGGCGCGGCAGUUCAGCGUGCGGUUGGGCGACAUAGACCUCGAGCGCGACGACGAGCCCUCGAGUCCGCAAACGUACCUGGUGAGGCAGAUCCACGCGCACCCCAAGUUCUCGCGCGUCGGCUUUUACAACGACAUCGCGCUCCUCGAGCUCGAGCGACCGGUGCACAAGACGCCUUACAUCAUACCGAUCUGCCUGCCGCAGGCGCGCCACCGGGGCGAACCCUUCGCCGGCAAACGCCCGACCGUCGUCGGCUGGGGCACUACCUACUACGGUGGGAAGGAGAGCACGGUUCAGCGGCAGGCGGUGCUCCCGGUUUGGAGAAACGACGAUUGCAAUCAGGCGUACUUCCAGCCGAUAACGAGUAACUUUUUGUGCGCGGGCUACAGUCAGGGUGGCAAGGACGCAUGCCAGGGUGACUCGGGCGGGCCGCUGAUGCUGCGCGAGGACAACCGCUGGAUGCAGAUCGGCAUCGUCUCGUUCGGCAACAAGUGCGGCGAGCCCGGCUAUCCCGGUGUCUACACUCGGAUCUCCGAGUACCUCGACUGGAUCAAGAGCAACCUACAGUUCUCCUCCUCCGUUAUCUCGUGAACGUUAUAGUCAUUAUCUUUACACUUGUUUAUUGUUUAUUCAUUACUAUUAUUUAUUA